AUGGAGCCUUUCGGCAUGUUGGCUCUUAUGCUCAUCGUCAACAUCCGGAUGAGAGAGAUUGAUGCAGCAAUCAACUUCCUGGCCGGUAUUGGACUCGUCAUGGCCGUUGUGGUACUUGCAGCACGUCAGUUGGGUCCCAAAGCUAGAGUUAAGCGGCGGUUUCACGCCAUGAUGUUCUUGCAUAGAGUCAGCAUCUAA